AAGAACUGUACCCAAGCGCCUGGGAUGAUAUAGAAGGACUCCAUGAAACAGAAUAAGCAAGCAUGGAGGAGCGAGGCGGCACUGUCUCUUGGGGAGCAAGCGGACCGCCCAGUCCUUCCUACGAAGCCACAAGGGAGAACGGCAGCCUCCUUGGGAAAAGCUCCGAUCUCUCGACAGCGCUUGGAAAGUUGAAACACGAGGAGGGCUUCACAGACAGUCAUUACAACGACCAUUUGAGCGACAGUCGAUUAGGGCCCAGUGACGGAUUGUCCCCGACGCCGUUUGUGAACUCCGGCCUGAUAGGAAAAUCAUCAGAAAGAAGCCCUUUCCCGUUGUUUGGUCGGGAGCCUGGACUCUCCGCCUGUCAGGCCAACCUCCUCCGGCCAGACAUUGGCCUCGGAAGCCCGGGCCCCGUCUCCUCCUCCUCCUCUUCCUCGUCCUCAGGAAAAGCCGGGACACCGUACUUCCCGUUUUCCACCGCCACCGCCAACCCACGGCGAAGGCCGCUCCGCGAUUCCUCGUCUUCUCUGGAUACUCUCCAGACCAAGAAAGUCAGGAAGGUGCCGCCGGGCUUGCCUUCUUCGGUCUACGCGCCGUCCCCAAAUUCAGAUGACUUUAAUCGGGAAUCUCCAGGCUACCCGUCUCCAAAGCCACCCAGCAGUAUGUUUGCCAGCACUUUCCUUUUACAAGAUGGGACCCACGCGGCCUCUGACCUUUGGAGCCCUUCCAACGGGGUGAGCCAAGCGGGAUACGGAGCCAUGCUGGAAGGAGCCGCCGUUUCCCACGCCGCACACGCCAGCAGCUUUGCCAGCCGACACGCUCACGAGCGCCUGAGCUACCCCCCGCACUCGGUCUCGCCCUCGGAUCUCAGCACCAGCCUUCCUCCAAUGUCCAGCUUCCACAGAGGCGGCAGCAGUGGUUCGUCCUACGCGGCAGCCUCCCACACCCCACCGGUCAAUGGAUCCGACAACAGCAGUGUUCUGGUCAACAGAGGCAACGCGACCGGAAGCUCUCAGACGGGGGACGCCCUCGGGAAGGCCCUGGCCUCUAUUUAUUCUCCUGACCACACCAGCAGUAGCUUUCCUUCCAAUCCCUCCACGCCGGUUGGAUCCCCCUCGCCCCUCGCAGGUGCCAGCCAGUGGUCCCGGGCCGGAGGACAGGCCCCUUCCUCGCCCAGCUAUGAGAACUCCCUGCACUCCUUGAAAAACCGCGUUGAGCAGCAACUUCACGAGCAUUUGCAAGAUGCUAUGUCCUUCUUAAAGGAUGUCUGUGAGCAGUCGCGGAUGGAAGACCGCUUGGACCGCCUGGACGACGCCAUCAAUGUUCUGCGGAACCACGCGGUGGGGCCUUCCACCAGCUUGGCCGGGGCCCACGUCGCCGACAUCCAGAGUCUGCUGGGAGCCGCCCACAACGGGCCCAUGGGCAGCUUGAGCGCCGGCUAUGGAGCCACCAGCCUUGCCGCCGCAGCUGCUCGACCAGUCUCCUCGCUGGUCAACGCACACCGAGAAGAUGGCGUCAGCCUUGCCAGCAGCCAUUCGGGACUGCCCUCCAUGCUCCCGGCCCAGAACGCGGACGUGAACCACAAGGCGCAAGACAGCUAUAGAGUGCUGUCGGCUGCCUUGGGCCCCGCGGAGAUCAAGUCGGAGCACAAGGAGAAAGACGAGAGCGCGCAUGACGGGGCUUCUUCGGACGACAUGAAGUCCGAUGACGAGUCCUCCCAAAAGGAUAUCAAGAUUUCGUCCAGAGGAAGAACGAGCAGCACCAACGAAGACGAGGACCUGAACCCGGAGCAGAAGCUGGAGCGCGAGCGGGAGCGGCGGAUGGCCAACAACGCCCGAGAGCGCCUCCGGGUGCGAGACAUUAACGAGGCCUUCAAGGAGCUGGGCCGGAUGUGCCAGCUGCACCUGAAGAGCGAGAAGCCCCAGACCAAGCUGCUCAUCCUCCACCAGGCCGUGGCCGUCAUCCUCAGCCUCGAGCAGCAAGUCCGGGAGAGGAACCUCAACCCCAAAGCAGCCUGCCUUAAGAGAAGGGAAGAAGAGAAGGUUUCUGCCGUAUCGGCAGAGCCCCCGCCUCCGCACCCAGGAAGCCACCCUGGCCUUAGUGAAACUACAAACCCUAUGGGUCACAUGUGAGCACCAGCCAGAAUUCCAGAUUGACGGGGAGGAGGCCCAGGCGAAGGACCCUUUCUGCACAGGACACAGACUGGAAACCCCCCUCAACGAAGACGAC